AUUCAGAACCUUUAUAUUUAGAGAGCACAGACAUGAAAAGAAAGGUAGUGAAUGCUGGCAAGAUGAGAUUGAGUCCUAAUGAGGAAGCCUUCAUUUUAAAAGAAGAUUAUGAGAGAAGACGAAAGCUACGAUUGCUACAGGUUCGAGAGCAAGAAAGGGAUAUCGCUUUACAGAGAAGAGAAGAUAUAAAACAAAGGAGAAUUCGGCAAUUUAAUCAUUUGGCAGAGGCACUGAGGGCAGAAUGGGAAGAAUCACAGACUCAGAAAAUAAACAACUUGGAAAAACUCUAUUUGGCAAGUUUAAGAAGUAUGGGAGAGGGACACCAACAAGCCAAAGAAAAUGUAAGUGAACACUGGUAUGACUGCCUGUCUGUG